GUUAAAAAUAUCUGGAUCUGCGGUAGCAUAUUUGUUCCUUUAUUUGACUAUACUGCACACUGGCGUUUCGGAAAAUAUAGCAAUCCUGCAGACGUUAUUAGAAACAUGUGGUUCGUGGCUCAGUAAAAAUUAAGUUUUAUGGUAGAGUUUUAUAAACAUUUUUUACAAUACAAGUCAGAUCAGACGCGUCUGCAUCACGUACAAAAUCGUGCGCCAGAGGCACAAAAGCUGGAUAGUUAUCCGUUUAGAAAUAGUAGGUAAAGGAUAGGAAAAUUGUUGGAAUAAGGUGAAAAAUGGCAUUAAUUAGAAGAGCAACUCACGCUGGUAGUUGGUACGCAGGCUCUGGUAUGGAAUUAAAUAAGCAAUUAGAAGGGUGGUUGGGGGCUGCAGACUUAUCACAUGGACCUGCUAGAGGAAUUAUUGCCCCACAUGCGGGUUACAACUAUUGCGGAGCAUGUGCUGGUUUUGCAUAUCGUCAGAUCAGUCCUGUAGUCGUGCGCAGAAUUUUUAUUCUCGGCCCAUCUCACCAUGUAAGAUUAGCAGGCUGUGCUCUCUCCUCGGCUCCAAUUUAUCAAACUCCAUUGUAUGAUCUACAUAUUGACCAACAAGUAUACAGAGAGUUGGAAGAGACUGGACACUUCGGAUGGAUGGAUUUGAACGCAGACGAAGAAGAGCAUAGCAUUGAAAUGCAAUUGCCGUACAUUGCGAAAGUGAUGGAGGGUUUUAAAGACUCUUUCACGAUUGUUCCCAUACUGGUUGGUUCGUUAAGCCCUGAAAGGGAAGCGCUAUAUGGGAGAAUAUUAGCACCUUAUGUAGCAGAUCCACAGACGUUAUUUGUUAUAUCAUCGGAUUUCUGUCAUUGGGGACAGCGUUUUCGUUACACUUAUUACGAUAGAUCAUGCCCCAUUCACAGAUCUAUUCAGAACCUUGAUAAAAUGGGUAUGGACAUUAUAGAAACGUUGAAUCCAACGAUGUUUACUGAUUAUCUUAAAAAAUAUGGUAACACGAUAUGUGGCCGGCAUCCUAUUAGCGUCUUUCUACAGGCACUGCAUAGUUUAAAAGGGAACAGUAACGGCCAAAGAAUGAACUUGAAGUUUCUGAAAUAUGUUCAAAGUAAUCAGUGCAAUAACAUGAAUGAUAGUUCCGUUAGUUACGCCAGUGCUUCCUUGGUUCUCGAGUGAUAACGUGUAAGCGGUCGUUUGAAAUAUUAUUGUCAUUCAGAGGAUUCUAAAGGAGAAAUACUAAAAAACGGCAGUAAUAACGUAUCCUAAAGUCGUAUCAAUUACGAUCCUUUUUUUUGCCUUGUAUUUAAACGAGAAACAACGGGACUCCGGAGUUGCGAUCCAUUGUACCAUGUGAAGUUAUCUCAGAUAUUUGGGGAGAAAGAAAUAUAUUAAUAUUUGUAAUGAAUGUGAUGGAGUAGAAGUGCAUUAUUGUCACAAUUAAUUGCUUGAAAAAGAAAAAGAAAAAAAACACGAGAUAUAUUUCGGUUUAUUACUUACGAGAAAUAAUCAGUACUUCCAAAUUUUCAUUACGGAAGGAGCUUAAGUAUUUCUUUGCUUUGAUCAGUUAACGGAAAUAAUACUAUACAAAGUGCAUUUCAUAUAUAUGUAUACUAAGAAGAUAGCAGAAGGUUCAAUCUAUUGAUGAUAAAAGGGAAGGAAAAAAGUAUUUAAUUAACGACUUUCUAACAGCUUUAAAGACUAUGAUAAGUAACGAAAAGAAGUAUUUAACGUCGGCGUUAUUAGAGAGGCAUGUUCACGGAAGCAAGAAAGUUAACUAUAGCGUUUUCAUUUGUGAACGUUCAAUUGUGAUUUAAACCUAAGAAAUAUUAAUAUAUUCGAUAAAUCUGUGAAUGGUCAAUCACGAAUUGAAAUCAUGAGAUUAUUAUUUAUUACACUUGGAAUUUUAGCGGCCAGCAUAAUUUACUGACUUGGACGAACGGUAUCAGGCGUUUAUUUCCGAUUGCUAGGACAAUAAAACGUUAAGAAAAGUAAAUAACGAGUAGGGGACACUUUCUCACAAAUUGCAUUAUUUAUCUCAGGGAUAAUACGUAAGCUUAAAGCUAAAAUACCUAGGACUAAAGUAUCUCUUCUAGGUCAUUAGAAUGAACACUCUGCGCUGAUCGAUGUCGAGCGAAACAUUGCGGAUAAAUAGCGUACAACUUAAUCACCGUUCUUUUUUUUUAAAACAAAGCAAUGAAAUGAUCUCAUAUCCUUCCUACCAUAAUACUACUACUAUCUUGUUAGUCCUUGUUAGCCUAAGGAAUUAUAAACAAAUAUUGUACUAUUGCAAUAUCACAACAAUUAAAUGUGAAGAAGGAUCAGUGUGGAGGAACGAUCGCCGAUAUUAUUUCGUUUUUAACCGAGUACUGCCAUUCGACUAAAUCAUCCGCAAUUAAACGAACUAACAUGAUUCGAUCCGAACAAUUCCAUCUGUUGUUAUUAAUAUUUUCACAUAAUUUGUCCGUAGCGUCUAUAUGAUAAAACUGAUCCUUCGAGUAUUAAUUUUUUUAUCCAUGUAUAAUUAAAUCGAUAAGAUUUGCAUUUGUGUGUAUGAGAAAUAUAAAACAAUCCAUAUAUAUUGUUUUCAUAGUCUCGUAAUAAAAUACGUAUAUACGUCCAUACAUAUGUACAAUAUGUAUAUAGAUACGUAUGGAUUACGAGUAUAUACGUACGAAAAAUUUAUAUGCACCUGAGAAAAAAAAUAAAUACUUAAAAAUUUUAAACAUC